AUCGAUCUGCGACAACAGUUGUCUAGUGGCCACCAGGGCCAAGUGUCGUGUCGUGCAAGCACAGCCACAGUCUAAGUGAACAACAAACAAUCGGAGGACAAGACAAGCGAUGAAACUGAGCACUCUCAUCGUUGUUGCAUUUUUGACAGUCUUCAGUGUGCAGCUCGCAACGGCGGCGUCCGACGAUAUCGAGUCGCUGAUUGAAACCUGCAGCGCGACCGUGCAAGGAAUGACGGACGAUCUGAAGGCUCGUUACCGUGCGAACGAAUAUCCGGACGAUCCCGUAACGCAUUGCUUCGUGCGAUGUGUCGGACUCACGCUCAACCUUUACACCGAUGAGGAUGGAGUUGAUUUGGAAGCGAACUGGCAACAUCUGGGCAACGGUGUUGGGGAUGAGGAGGAUCAGUUUAUCGCCAACCAUCGGGCCUGCUUGGAUGGCAGAAAUUUGAAUGCGAUCGAGAAUCUGUGCGAUCGUGCGUACAGUGCUUUCCAGUGCUUGAAGGAAGAGUACGGUAUGGAUCAAACGGGUCAAAAGUAAAAUCUCGGAGUAUUCAAACAAUUUGCAAACAAUUUGAAAUAAAAUCAGAAUGGAAACGA